AUGCAGCGAUCUACUUCAGCAACGGGCUUCGCCCUGUUCUUGACUUUCAUGGUGUUGCUGGCGCUCAUCGUGGAAGAAGUGAGCGCUAGUCAUCACCUUCACCACAAGAAGAAGAUCAAAAGCUCGCCAAGCUCGGCAUCCUGGCCAAGAUCCUUACGCCAAAGCUGCUGCCCAUUCCCACUGCCCAUCCCGAUACCUAUCAAGAUCAUUAAGAACCAGCAUGGCGGCCACGGGUGGCAUGGUGGAGGUGGGUGGCACGGCGGUGGUGGCGGCGGUGGAUGGCACGGCGGAUGGAAGCCCCAUCUCGACGUACAUACCGUGAAGGUUAUCGACGCCGGCGCAGCCCACAUUGCAGGAGGAGGUGGCCACGGCGGAUGGGAGGACGCCAAAGGGUGGGACUCCAAGGGCUGGGACGCUGGGGGCUGGGACGCAGGGGGCUGGGAAGCGGGUGGCGGCGGCGGUGGUGGUGGAGGCCAUGGCUGGUGGUAG